AUAACCACAACUCUACUACCGGAACAGCAUACACUCCUUGCUCUCUGGUACCGAUGAAUCGAGCUUCACUCUACUCUCCCUGUCAAACCAAAAACCCAUUCUUUAACAUCUGUUUCAUACUAAAAAUCUCAACUCUCUCUUCUUCUUCUUCUUCUUCUUCUUCUUCUCUACAGACCAUCCCAGAUUCUCCCUCCACAUCAAUCUCAAACCCCCUUUACCAUUUUCUCCCCCAAACCCAAAACCCCAACAACAUAGUCAAUCUCAUCUGCUCAGCCCUCAAGCAACCACAGACCCACCACCAUCUUUCCCAUCUCCAAAACCACCUCAAACCCCUUCUUCCCCAUCUGGGUGGUCAACAUAUCUCAAGGGUUCUCCUCAGGUUCCAAUCUGAUCACUCCUCAGCUCUUGUUUUCUUCAACUGGGUCAAGCAUGGUUUGGGCCUCAGACCCACCACCCAGAACUAUUGCAUUGCUCUUCAUAUAUUGGCUUGCUCUAAAAAGUUUCCCCAGGCUAUGAAAUUGUUGUGUGAAUUGAUAGAGCUGGUUAGGGAUGUGGGUGCGUCAUCCAAAGAUGACAUUUUUCAUAGUUUGGUUGUUUGUGCUCAAGAUUGUAACUGGGAUCCAGUUAUCUUUGACAUGCUCAUUAAGGCUUAUGUGAAAGCAGGUAUGAUUAGAGAUGGUUUUAUCAGUUUUAAGAAGACACUAGAAGUCGGAUUUGUUCCGAGUGUGAUUGCUUGCAAUUGUCUUAUGAAUGGGUUGGUGAGGUUGAAUUGUUUGGAUCAGUGCUGGGAGGUGUAUGAGGAUAUGGGAAGGAUUGGGGUACACCCAAAUGUGUAUACUUUUAAUAUUUUGACUAAUGUUUUGUGCAAGGAUGGAGAUGUUGCGAAAGUGAAUGCUUUUUUGGAUAGAAUGGAAGAAGAAGGAUUUGAUCCCGAUAUCGUGACGUAUAAUACUCUGAUUUGUAGCUAUUGUAGGAAAGGAAGGUUGGGAGAUGCGUUUUAUUUGUAUAAGAUCAUGUUUAGGAGGGGUGUGAUGCCGGAUUUAGUGUCGUACACUGCCUUGAUGCACGGUCUUUGUAAACAAGGGAAUGUGAGGGAGGCUCAUCAGCUUUUUCAUCGGAUGGUUCAUAGAGGGUUGUAUCCAGACAUUGUGUCGUAUAACACUCUUAUUGGUGGUUAUUGCAAUGAGGGGAAGAUGCCAGAGUGUAAGUCAUUGUUGUAUGAGAUGAUAAAAAAUGGUCUUCGUCCAGAUGAUUUCACUUGUAGGAUGGUCACAGAAGGAUAUGGCAAAGAAGGCAAGUUGCUCUCUGCACUGAAUUUGGUAGUGGAGCUUCAACGAUUUCAAGUGUCUAUUUCUCGUCGCAUUUAUGAUGAUCUAAUAGUUGCAUUGUGUCAAGAAAAUCGGCCGUUUGCAGCUAAAAGUCUAUUAGAAAGAAGUUCUCAAGAUGGUUAUUUGCCUGAUUUGGAUAUCUAUAACAAAUUGAUGGAGUCCCUCUGCCAGAGCAAUAAUGUGACUGAGGCAAAGGUUUUGAAAGCCGAGAUGGUUUGUAAGAACAUCAAACCCAAUCUUAUCACAUAUAAAGCUCUAAUAUGCUGUCUAUGUCGUAUAAACAGAACAGUGGAAGGUGAGUCGUUACUGAAAGAGAUGGUUGAAUCUAGUUUGCUGCCAGAUUCAGAAAUAUGCAGGUCAUUGAUAAAGGGUUACUGCAAAGAAAGGGAUGUUGCUAAAGCAGAAUCAUUGUUAAGGUUCUUUGCCAAAGAAUUUCAAGUUUUUGAUUCUGAAAGUUACAAUGAACUUGUCAAAAUUUUCUGUCAGGAUGGUGAUAUGGCUAAGUUGUUGAAGUUACAAGAUAGAAUGAUGAAAGUGGGUUUUGCACCAAAUAGCCUUACACUCAAGUAUGCCAUCCAUGGAUUAUGGAACGCUACCAGACCAGAGAAAGAUAAUCUUCUUCUGGAAUAAACGUACAAAAAAAGAAUGUUGGGGUGAAGAAUGUCUUCCGUGGUUGAUGUCUGGAACUAGCUUCAUCCCUUCAGCUCUCAAGAAAUAUUUUUGUUGCCCUUAUUUCACUGGAAUCAUGGAAAUCCUUCAUGCGGCAUUGGCUGAGGGCAGAUAUCCUGUCCUUUGAUGCUAAAGUGUCAUCUAUCGUCUUGGAUAAAACCACUAAAGCUGCCAGUGACAUUCUGAAGGUUCACUCUAUUGUUUGCUUUAAUAAAUAUGCCCUCAAUUUUUCUGAAUUUGUUCUGACUUUUAUCAUUUUAUAUAACUGUGAAAUGCACAGAGUAUGAUAAAAAUAGCAGAAGUGACUCUCCAGUGUGAUUCCUAAAUCUAGAUGCACUGAAAGUAUACUAGAUGAACACCUUAAAACUGUGGGAUUCCUAAAACUUAAGAAUUGGAGUAAGAAAGAUCUAGAGUGAUAAAUGGAUAGCAAUUUUUAAUUAAACUAAAGCUUCAACUUGCCCAGAAAAGCAAUGAAAAAAAGAAAGAAAAGGUAGGUGAAUGUUAGUUACUGAUCUUCAGUGUCCCCAGUAGUUCCGACCUAUUCUUUCUUGCCAGGUUUAAAUUAUUACAGUGAUUAGUGGCUGUUUACUCUGCCCAGCCUUAAGUUUUGGCUCUUUGUCAGCUCUUGCCUCUGUCUGCCCAUACUGUAAAAGCAGCUGCUUCAAAAUUUCUAUUGAAUUGGUUGGUCCAGCCUGAGCAUGAACACCGCAAAUGGUCUGCUGCAAUUUCUCUUGGAUUAAUCUCAAGUCGCCUACAUGUUACUGAUCAUAAGCAGAAGGUUGGGAAUGUCGCGAGACUUGUUGAGAUAUUGCAUGCCUUCAGGUGAUGUGUAGUAGCAAAAGCACCCUUGUGAAAGGAGCCUGUGGGGUUGGCCUGGGGUUUUCUUGCCAAGAUCUUCUUACCAGGGGUGAUGCCGCUGAUAAUUCUAGCACGGUGAAAGACUCAG